CAGACAGCCCAUUUUGCAGCCUUAAGACUUAGGGUUUCUUAAACAUAAAAACCCCUGCGUUUUUUUCUUCACUGUUUUUCCAACUGAAGACGCCUCCCAAAUAUUGAGACGAAAAUGGUGACUUACAAAUUUCAUCAAUACCAGGUGGUAGGUAGAGCUUUGCCAUCAGAAAACGAUGAGCAUCCAAAGAUUUACCGGAUGAAACUUUGGGCUACCAAUGAGGUCCGUGCCAAGUCCAAAUUCUGGUACUUCUUGAGGAAGCUAAAGAAGGUGAAGAAGAGCAAUGGACAGAUGCUAGCUAUUAAUGAGAUUUUUGAGAAGAACCCGACAAAAAUCAAGAACUAUGGCAUUUGGCUGCGUUACCAAAGUAGAACUGGGUAUCACAACAUGUACAAGGAGUACCGUGAUACCACAUUGAAUGGUGGUGUGGAACAGAUGUACACUGAGAUGGCUUCUCGCCACAGGGUCCGCCAUCAUUGCAUCCAGAUCAUCAAGACAGCUACUAUUCCAGCUAAGCUCUGCAAGCGGGAGAGCACAAAGCAGUUUCACGACUCCAAAAUCAAGUUCCCGUUGGUGUUGAGGAAAAUCAGGCCACCUUCAAGGAAACUCAAGACCACCUACAAGGCUACCAAACCUAACUUGUUUAUGUAAAACUUGUUUGAUCAUUAUGUGGAUUGAUGAGUGGCUAUUUCAAAUUACUGCAAUUUUGUUGUUCUGGACUAAGUGGGAAGGGGAGGAAAUCAACACUUUUGUUGUGAUCAAAUUAUUAUUAUUAUCCUUCGUGCUCUUUAUAGAACUAGACAUCAGACUAUUAUGUUA